AUGUCAAAACAGAAAGUGGUUUUUAGCUUGGAGUUUCGUGAAGAUUCUUGGGGUCCCUUACGCCUAGCCAGUACAACCUCGGAACCGAAACUUAUUCAGACGGAAGACUCUAGCUCGGAGGAUAUUGGGUUAGGCUUUGGUGGCGGAUCGGAGGAGGAUAAUGAGGUCUAUUUUUCUGAGAAUGUUUUAUCCAAUGGUUCUUCUUCAACGGACUGUAGCGUAAAGGUAGGCAGGACGGCGGGCAAAAGAAAAGGCAAAAGCAUAUCGAACGAUCCUGUCAAGGAUCUUUCAAGACAGACUGUCCUUAUCGAGACUCAUUCAACUUUUGACAGUGCGGUGAAAAAGGCCAAGGAUUUGGGUUGUCUCAGAACACAAAAGGUGGAAAAAGGUUUUAGUGAUAAAGAUAAUAGUUUUUUUAAGGAAGGAGAGGGAGACUCUGCGUCAGUUGGCACAAGUGUUCCGGAAACAGCUUUUCAAAGUGGGUCCAAUGAGAAUAUAUCUAAUAGACGCGUGGCGUUGAGGAAGGACAGGAAAAAGUUGCGAUAUAAAAAUCUCUCUUGUUUUGUUGGGCCAAGAAAGAAACAGAAUGGUAGGCCCAAGAAAAUAGUAGUGAACAGUGAGGUCCCAUCAGAUUUUAGCAUUAAGCCCAAUAGCGAUCGUUUACCCUCAUUCUCUGACCCAAUUUCUCAAUUAUCUUUGAGUUUGGGAUCUCCCAGAAGAGGUAAUCAGAUGUUUCUAGGGGAACACUCAGAGGAGACUGAUAUUAUCAGUCUUCCCCUCAAGAGGGUCCUGUGGAGAAAUUUGCUGGCUUUAAAAGAUAACUAUAACGAUGGUGAAUGGGUUUUAGGUGGUGAUUUUAAUUCUGUUAAAAAUGGUGGGGAAAGGAAGGGUAGGUCAGUGGUGGGCAAUCAAGCUGAGUGGGAGGAAUUCUCUGGUUUCAUUAAUGAUUUGGGGUUGGAGGAUGUUCCUUGUAAAGGCAAGAAAUUCAGUUGGUUCAGCAGUGAUGAUUGGGGCCCGAAACCGUUCAAGUUCAACAAUGAAUGGUUUCAACACAAGGAGUUUUUCGGUUUUGUAGAGAAGGAAUGGAUGGGAUUGGAUGUUAAUGGGCGCGGUGAUUUUGUGCUGAAGGAGAAAUUAAGACUCCUAAAAAACAAAUUGAGAUGGUGGAACAUUAACGUUUUUGGCAAAAUUAAUCUUGAAUUGGAGGAAGGAGUCAAGGAGAUUAAUGCCUUAGAUAAUCUUUCAUCGGAGGAGGAAGCGGACUCGGGGUCGAGAUGGAGGGCGAAUAGGAAAUUUUGGACGAAUCUUAAAAUUAAGGAGAACAUGUUGAUCCAAAAGGCAAGACUAAAGUGGUUAAAUGACGGAGACGAUAAUAGUAGAUACUUUCAUACGGUGAUGAAGAGGGGAUUACGGCGCAAUUAUCUUGGUCAUAUUUCUUCGACUAAUGGGAUAAUUAGCAAGGUGGAGGAAGUUAAGGAAGUGAUUUUUGAGCAUUUGGAGUCUAAAUUCAAAGAAAGUGUGGAGCCUAGACCGGGUUUGGAUGGAGACAUUUUCAACAAGCUUAAUUUAGAAGAUAAGAAUUCUCUAGAAGUACCAUUUGAGGAAAAUGAAAUUAAAGAGGCGGCGUGGAGUUGUGACGGAAGCAAAAGUCCGGGUCCGGAUGGGUACUCCAUUCUUUUCUACAAGAAGUGUUGGGAGAUUGUUAAAUCGGAUGUCAUUUCAUGCUUUAGGGAACUACACUCGGGGUCCUGUUUAUCAAAAUCCAUAACCUCGUCCUUCUUGGCUUUGAUCCCUAAGUCUAACAACCCGUUAGGUUUAGAUGAGUAUAGGCCAAUUUAUUUGGUUGGUAGUAUUCUUAAGAGCAUUUCUAAAGUAUUGGCGGGGAGAAUCAAGAAGGUGAUUGGUAAGGUGAUCUCUAAUAGUCAAAGUGCCUUUGUUCCCGGGAGACAAUUGUUAGACGGGGUUCUAGUGGCGAACGAAUUGGUUGAUUUUUCUACUAAGGAAAAGAAGGAAGUGUUACUUUUUAAAGUAGACUUUGAGAAAGCCUAUGAUAAGGUAAAUUGGGAGUUUCUUCGUACCAUGAUGAGAAAAAUGGGCUUUGGAGAAAUUUGGAUAAGGUGGAUGAAUGCUCUCGCUUUUACGAGUCACAUGUCGGUGUUGGUGAAUGGGAGUCCCACUAAGGAAUUUAAGGUUGAGAAGGGUUUGAGGCAAGGCGACCCUAUCUCUCCUUUCCUCUUUGUAAUAGUAGUGGAAGGUUUGAAGGGGUUAGUGAAUAAAGCGGUGGAAAAUGGCGACUUUGCGGGGUUUACGUUCAAUAGAAGGUGCUCCAAAGACGUUCUUCAAUUUGCGGACGAUACCCUCUUGGUUGGAGAUGUGAUAACCUUUUGGAGAUUGCCACCAACUUUUUUGGGGUUACCUAUCGGUAGCAAUCCUAGAAGGAUCACCACUUGGGAGCCUUUGGUGGCGAAAGUAAAGAAGAGGCUAGCUAGUUGGAAAGGAAGAUUUCUUAGCUUUGGCGGUAGAAUUACUCUUAUUAAGUCGGUCCUUAGUAGUUUGGCUAUUUUUUACCUAUCGUUUUACAAGGCCCCGAAGAAAGUCAUUAAGGAUAUUAAUCGUAUUCAAAGUAACUUUUUAUGGGGAGGUACGGAAGACAAAAAGUGUAUUCAUUGGGUUAGUUGGGAUUCAAUGUGCCUUCCAAUUGAGAAGGGUGGUUUGGGAAUUAGAAGGAUCGAAGACUUUAACUCCGCUCUCUUAUUUAAAUGGAAAUGGAGGAUUGUCGACAAACCCUAUUUGUUGUGGUAUGGGGUGUUGAAGGCUCGGUAUGGAGACAAUAAUCUUAAAGUGGCGCACGUGGGGACCAAAGAAAAGGGAGAGGAAGCGAAGUCUUAUUGGUGGAGGGAUGGAGGGAUAUCCUGUAACGGAGGCUCUACUUCCUUUUGGCAUUCCAAUUGGACGAAUCGGGGACCGCUUAAAGACUCUUACCCUCAGCUGUACCGUAAUUCGGCUUUGCAGGAUGUCUCGGUGGCACUUAUGGGAAACGGGAUAGAUGGAAUCUGGAAGUGGGGAGAUUUUGGCAUCUCGCGGCCAAUCCCGAACAGCAAUCAGCGACCUGCAGCUCUGUACAACGCUGAAGCAAUUACUUCUCUGCCUUUGAAUGCUUUCAGCAGCAGACCCCAGCACUGUGAGGACCAAAAUUUUGUUUCUGCGCAAGGCAAUCUCAUUCUGGACGAUAACAGUAUUGUCCCCUCUUUAGUGGAACAAUUGAAACAUGAUCUAGCUAGUUCCUUUGAAGAAAGUAACAUAGCCGACAGUGUUUUAUGGCUGUUGGAUAUAGAAGGUAAAUUUACCGUUAGGAGCUGCUACGGAUCUCUAAUCAGAAGGCAAAUUCCAUAUGGCCCGGAGGGUGAGUUCGAUAAAGCUUUAAAGCUAGUUUGGAAGAUGAAGGUCCCGAUGAAAUCGAAAGCUUUUGGAUGGCGUAGUUUCAUUAACAAAUUACCAACGAGAGGAGCACUUUUCCGAAAAGGUGUAAUUCCCUCUCCCAAUGUUGUUUGCGCUUUCUGCCGUGGAAUUGAAGAGACUACGGUCCACUUACUUUUAUCGUGUCAUUGUGUCGAUCUGGUGUGGAGGGAUAUUGCAGAGUGGAUAGGAUUCGAUAAUUUCAAAGCCGGGGAUAUCAAGGAAAGUUUUUUGAGGUGGUACAAUUUCAGUAGGAAAGCUAGAGUGAGAAAGGGAAAAGAGGGUGUCGUGUGGUUGGCGGUGGUUUGGCAUAUAUGGUUAGUCAGAAAUGGCAUCGUUUUUAGAGGUGAUUCUUGGAACAUUUCCGACAUCGUCUGGGGGGUUAAAGCUUUGGUGUGGCGUUGGUCUUUCGUUGGGAAAAUUAUGCAGUUCAAUUGUAAUUUUUACGAAUUUAGUAGGGAUCCUAUUUUCUAUUUGUCGUAA